UUACUUUAUGUUUCAAAAGAGGUGUUAAUGAUGUUUUUAUAUUAGGUUUUUGUAUGACAAAUUGAUGCGCCCCAAUGAUUUGGACGAGUCAUUCGGAUUCUUAGCACCCGCGACCGUCAACUUAGGUUUAAUCUUAAGUAGACCGCAUACCGUGACGGAGUAUGUUCUUCAGAUCCUCAUGGAGAAUAAAGAUGCGGAGAAGUUGUUUUUUAUACCGUUUAAUACCGGUGGACAUUGGUUGUUGCUCGCAAUCAAUCCUAUCCGAGAAAUUGUGUAUUAUCUUGACUCGUUAGGAAAUGAUUGGACAACAUACCCGGAUAUGAAGAACCUAAUUGACACCGUCCUACAAGCUUUUCGGGCCCAACGAGAUAUCCAAACCUCAAGGAGGAGCGCCAACCGCAUUACAUGGAUUAAAGUGGCGUGUCCUCAACAACGUAAUCAAAUAGAUUGCGGGUAUUUCGUGUUGAGGUUUAUGCGAGAUACUCUUGCUUUGGGCCGAUUAGUGAUUCCCACCGAUUACUUUGAGGAAUUCAAGUGUGCAUUUUAUACAAAGGAUCAAGUGGACGAAAUCAAAGAGGAGUGGUGUCAAUUCAUGAUAGAGCUCAAAGUUUUUUCAUAAAUUUGUGUAAUUAAUGUGUACAUUUGUAGUAUAUGUAAUGACUUGUAAAUGUGUACAUAAAUUUGUAUAUAUUUUGAUACAUU